AUGGCCGCUCGGCCGAGGCGGCGUUGUCACUCACUUUAUGCGAUGCUGUCGCAGGGUAACGUUUGUGAUGGCGCCAAGAAUUCAACUGAGGAACUCUCUUGUACAACUUCUAUGGAGUGGGACACGCAGGUGGUGAACGGGUCCUCGCCGCUUGGCCCCGCAGGCUUGGGGGCGGAGGAACAGCCAUGCAGACCGCAGCUGCCGUCGUGGCUGCAGCCCGAGAGGUGCGCCGUGUUCCAGUGUGCACAGUGCCACGCAGUACUCGCUGACUCUGUGCACCUCGCCUGGGACCUGUCGCCGUCCCUCGGGACCGUGGUAUUCUCCAGAGUCACAAACAACGUGGUUUUGGAAACUCCCUUCCUAGUUGGCAUUGAAGGUUCGCUCAAAGGCAGCAUUUACAACCUUUUAUUCUGUACUUCCUGUGGGAUUCCCAUUGGUUUCCAUUUGUAUUCUACCCAUGCUGCUCUGGCUGCCUUGAGAGGUCACUUCUGCCUUUCCAGUGACAAAAUGAUAUGCUAUCUCUUAAAAACAAAGGCCAUAGUAAAUGCAUCUGAGAUGGAUAUUCACAACUUAUCUCUACCAGAAAAGAUUGCAGAGCUGAAAGAGAAGAUAAUGUUAACUCAUACUCACUUAAAUUCACUGAUGAAGAUUCUGAAGGAAGUAACUCCUGACCAGCCCAAGCCAGAAAACUGAUCCAGAAUCAGAGUUUAAGUAUUAGGGUCGGUAAAUAAAUAAAUUAAUAAAUAAAUAUUUUUUUUAAAGUAUCAGGGUGAGUCCUUGUUGCUAUCUUCAACAACAGGUGCUGUUUGAUCAAUUUGCAAGAAAGAUUGGCUUCAAGAAUGGAUGAGAAAUGUGGUUUAUUAGGAUUUUGUCUAGGCUGAUUGUCCAGAUGAUUUGUGAAGCCUGUUCUAGAAGAUGAGAAACUAAAGAGCCUUCUGUCUAGCUUUGGUUUGCUUGUUUUAAUGUUCAUAUAUUUUGAGAGAGUGAGCAAGCAUGAGCGGGAGAGGGGCAGAGACAGAGAAUCCCAAGCAGGUUCCACACUGUGCUGUCAGCGCAGAGCCUGGCAUGGGGCUGGCUCCCACAACUGUGAUAUCAUGACCUGAGCUGAAAUCAAGAGUCAGACACUUAACCAACUGAGUCUCCCUGGCCCACCCUGUCUAGGUUUUAUAGCUAUUUGUCUUAAGAACUUAUUUUAGCUUGUAAAUUUCAUAAAUGUUUAUUUCUGAAACCCUCUUUUGCUGCAAAUUUAGGUUGAUGGGGAGACAAUGUCCCGUGAAUGCUCUGAUAUAAAGAUGUGCAGUUGUUAGGUAAAGACUGAGAAACCACUUUUUUUCUUAUGUAAAAUACAGGUACAUACAUAU